UUGGUCUUGACGGUGAAAGAGGUAGGAACUGCCGCUCGUCUCUUUGCGGGCCCCAGCGCACCUGUUUUGACGAACGCUCAUAAUCUGAUUAGUACAUCAUAGUAGUGGAAUUUAAUUAAACAGGCAUGGCGUGGGUGACGUGGGCGGCGGUGGUCGCUGCCCUCGCCGGUGUGGCAGCAAGCACAGGGACCUACAGCGUGGUGGCGCCGCGGAUUCUGCGGCCGAACAGGGACUACCAUGUGGUCGUGUCCACGCACGGCACCGCCAAGGCAGUCAAAGUCAACGUGGAGGUCGGAGGUCAGCAGGACUCGGGCGGGGUCAUCCUCAAUCGCCAGCUGGCUGACCUCCAGCCGGACUCCUCGCAAGUCCUCAAUUUCCAGAUCGGUGACCUUGGACCGGGUCAGUACAACCUAACAGUGAGCGGGUAUGAGGGCCUGACCUUUAGCAACACCACCGCUCUCCAGUACGUCCACAAGUCCUACUCGGUCUUUAUCCAGACCGACAAGUCAAUCUACAAGCCGGGGGAUCUGCUGCAGUUCCGUGUGAUCGUGGUCAACCCGCAGCUCCGGCCGUCCGUGACCGGGGCCAUCGACGUGUUCAUUACGGACGGCAAGGGGCACCGCGUGAAGCAAUGGAAGCGCGUCUUCACCAACAAGGGCGUGUGGUCCGGCGAACUCCUGCUGGCGGAGGAGCCGGUGCUGGGCCGCUGGAACAUUACCGUCGACGUCCUCGGGCAGACGACCUCGCGCUUCUUCGAGGUCGCCUACUACGUCCUGCCCAAGUUCGAGGUGGUGGUCGACCUGCCGGCGUACGCGACGUUCGACCAGAAGGAGUUCACGGCGACGGUCAAUGCGAAAUACACCUACGGUCGGCCUGUGAAAGGAGAGGUGACGCUGCAGGUGACGCCCACUUACAAGUACGGCUACCUGCAGGCGCCCUACGAUGACCCGAUCCGAGUGGUCAAGCAGAUCAAGGGGAAGACGGACAUCACCAUCAACCUCGAAGGAGACGCCAGACUGAAGGGCGACUACGCGCGCGAGCUGGAGGUGACGGCGUACGUGCAGGAGGAGCUGACGGAGCGUGUGCAGAACUCCACCGCGCACGUGACUGUGUACCGCUACCCGUACCGCAUGUCGCUCGUCCGUACCUCGGAUAGCUUCAAGCCCGGCCUUAAGUACACCGCCUAUCUGAAGAUGUCGUACCAGGACGACACGCCCGUCACGUCCGGCGAGGUGACGGUGCGACACACCUUUACGCGCGACACCGAGGGCUUCAUCGAGACGACGCACGAGAUCCCAGCCUCUGGCAUCGUCACGCUGAACUUCCAGCCGCCCCUGGACGACGACGUGGUGAGCCUGGCCCUGGAGGCGCGCUUCCAGGGGCUCACGCAGUGGCUUGGCGAAAUCACCAGGGCGCAGAGUCCUACCGACGCCUUCCUGCAAGUCACCCUCCUCACACAGUCGCCCAAGGUCGGAGAAGACGUCGAACUGAUGCUCACCACCACCAAGCCGGUCGGCGAGGAGGUGAUCGUGGGCCUGAACGCCACGCAGCCCCUCAUCUACUUCGUGUACCAGGUGCUGGGGCGCGGCGACGUGCUCUUCGCCCAGACGCUGCAGGCGCACCAGGGGACCACGCACAACUUCAGGUUCGUCGCCACUGCUGCCAUGGCCCCGCGCGCUCGCCUUGUCGUCUACUACGUGCAGGAGGACGGCGAGCUCGUGGCCGAUUCCCUGCACUUCACCGUCUCCGGAGCCAUCCAGAAUCACGUGUCCGUGAGUGUGUCUCCGAAGACCGUGGACGCGGGCGGCGACGUGGCCAUCACCGUCACCACGAAGCCCAACGCCUUCGUGGGCGUCCUGGCGGUGGACCAGCGCUCGCUCAUCCUCGGAAACGAGAACCAUCUGACGCAGGACGACGUGAUACAAGAGCUGGAGGACUACGACCCGGGUCGCGAGAACCUGGAGGUGUGGCACUCCCUGCACCGCCAGAAGCGGGCGCUGUUCAACUGGCACGGCACCACCACCGCCAGCGACGUCUUCCAGAACGCGGGUGUGGUCGUGCUAACCAAUGGAAUUGUUUAUGACUUCAAUCCCUUCCUGUACUACCGUACGGUCCUGGAUGACCCGCGGGACAUGAGGGCCAUGGAGUCCCGCGUCCCCGAGGCGGCCCUGGCGCAGGGACCCCCCGUGGCUGCGCGCACAAAAUUCCCCGAGACCUGGGUCUUCACGGCGGCGGACUCCGGGUAAUUCCUCACUUCUGACUAACUUCUUUUGUUUAUUCAUUCAUGCAUUGACAAUUUACUAGAAAUCUAGGUAGAGGACUCCUGCGCGAGCUCAUAGUGCAGAGUCUACUGUGCACGUUCUAAAGGUUUCCUGCACUUUUUCGGAACUGCUUUCUUCUAGUGGCCGAAAGGCAAGUGCGUAGCUCGUACUCCACCAGAAACAAACAUCUUUAACGCUGUGGACAUUUUCUCGUACAGGUCUUGUAUAAUGGCAUUACCAAGAGCCCUUUGAAAACUCAAACUGCAUCGUCUCUCUAAUUUCCGCUCUAUACUGUGUUGUAUUACUUUCUCAACCUUGUACGGUUGACGGAUUACCUCGUCACCUUUCCUCUCUUCGUAAUUCCUUACUUCGACGAAGGCGUCCAGCGAGGCUGAAUGUUUUCCUCGGAUAUUUCCUCUGUCAUUAACAUCCUGGGUAUGACCGGGCGCCGUGCCGCUCGACACGACGGCCGCUCCAGCAAACUCUGCGAGGCGAGUUGUGGUAUUAACUCCUUAUGAACGGCCAAUCCAAGUCUUUAGAUGAGUUUUAUCCUAUCUCUGUGUGCAUGCGCAUGAACAUUUAUGUUAUUCCGCUUGUGUUCGGCAUUUCGUACGAGUGUGUGUGUUUCGUGUGCAUCUGUGUGCAUGUGUAAAAGGUUCCAAGAUGGCGGACCUAUCUAAGUUCUCGAAGCAGCGAUCGCGGUAGCCAA